AUGCUCCUGUUGCAAGCGUAUACGACCUUCAGGCUUCAAGAUAUCAACCUGUUGAUCAUCCUACUACUCCUCGCCAUCUUUGGUUGGUUCUGCGAUCUUUGUAGAAGGAUCUUUGAUACCUACGAGCUGAGUGUGGCUGUUGAAAACGGGCAGCUUGUCCGAAUGGGAAACCAACAAACAAGCCUGGACGAACUUCAGACGCUGUGGGAUACUCACAUGCAGCAGGACCUGCUCAGAGCCACCGAAACUCCGACGGGGGCGCCUGUCUUUCAACUGAGUAUCCCGUGGAGCUUGACGAAGAGCAGUAUAAGGAUGACUCAUGACUCUAUCGAGCUCGACUACGAUUCCAACCUUGAAGUCCUCGCUGAGAUGUGCUGGGGAGCGAACGAGGGUCACCUCAUGAAGGUAGUGGACUGCUACAACCAUCCAGGCGCGAUGAUCCGGUCGGGCCGCUCCAAGGGUGCACUCCGGAAGAAGAAGUUUGGCUUCUUCGGUGUGCCCUACACGGCAGUGGACGAGAACGAGAUCGAGCUGUUGAAUUGCUGCGAGCCCGGCGAUGGGCGAUUGGACGACCCGACGUCGCUUCGGGACAUGGGGAGGAGAUGGUCUGAGGUGAUGAAGUUCGAAGUUGGAAGGCGCAGGAGGACCACGAUCCCCUGCCAUAGUUGGAGAGAGUCGGAGAAUCAAACGGAGGGCUUGACAGCUCCGGUUGAAGCACAUGGUGGUGCCAACAUGUCAGGCUUCCCUGCUGCGCUUGUGAUUCGGGUUGCUUCCAUCAAUCAGCAAAUAACUCUGUUAGAUGGUACCAGAGAGAUGCAAGGAGGUAGGAGGAAGCGAGUGACGCAGCAGCAGGGAGGGAUUCUCGUCCAUCUCCUCGAUCGGAAGAGAGACAGAGAGCCUGGUGGGGAGUAUUCAGAGACUCUCCAGGUAGUGAAGAGUGUGGUAUUUACUCCGUCAGCAGCGUACAUCACUCAGGAGAUUUACGGCGAAGAUGAAUCAGCGGAGGAGGAGAACAGUUGUGUGAUCUGCUUGAGCGAACCGAAAGCAAUUACCCUCCUACCAUGCAGACAUUUCUGUGUCUGCAAGAACUGCAUGGAGAGGUUGCAACGAUGUCCAGUUUGCAGGAGUCAGUUCACCAGCUACCUCAAGAUAGAGCAAGCCUCGUCCUCGCCCUCCCCUCAAGACUUCAUGGAGGAGGAGCAGAGCAAGCCGACAGAUCUCGUACAUGGCCUUGACGAGUUCGCCUGA